AUGUUAUGUUUUCGAAAGUUAACAAAUUUUAACAAAAGUUUCGGAAGUGUCAGGUGGACGUCUUCAGUAAAAAGGGAAUUCAAAGAAGUGGAAAUUAAAGUUCCUUGGGGACAUGUUGCUGGUAAAUGGUGGGAACCGUACGACACAAGGCCUAUCCUUACAAUUCACGGUUGGCAGGAUAACUGCAACACGUUCGAUAGAUUAAUACCAACGUUAGAUAAAACAGUGGGGUUUCUUGCGAUAGAUUUACCUGGACAAGGAUAUUCAUCACGUCUUCCACCAGGAAUGAUCUACCACUAUUCCAAUUUUAUUUUAACAGUCAGAAGUAUCACAAAAUCCUUUCAUUGGCCGGCAGUCUCGCUCAUGGGCCACUCUUUAGGAAGCAUAUUAUCAUACGUGUACUCCAUGUUGUAUCCAUCCGAAAUAGAUUUUUUAAUUUGCUUGGACGCAAUGAAACCAAUGAUCACCAGUAACAAGCAUAUUCAUAUGGCGAAGGCUCUGGAUCAGUUCUUUAAAUACAACGAUUACGCAAUCGAUUCCAAAGAACCGCCGUGUUAUAGUAUUGAAGAAAUGCGAGAAUUAAUCAGCAAACCUAACGAUAAUUCUAUUUUACCGGAGUAUACUACCUACAUUAUGGAUAGAAACAUUGCUCCUUCAAAGGUGCAGCCUGGUAAAUACUAUUUCACAAGAGACCCCAGAAUAAAAACAGGCGGAUUGAUCUCUUUUUGUCAGGAGGAAAUGGUUAAACUAGCGGAAAACAUGAAAAUGCCUAUUUUCGUUAUGAAAGCAUCUGAGUCGAGUUAUUACGAAAAAAAAGAAAAAUAUUAUCAAGUAUUGGAUGUUCUAAAAAAAGCCAGCAUUGAUUGUGACUUUCACUAUGUCGAGGGACGUCAUCAUUUACAUUUAAAUAAUCCAGAAAAGAUUUCUAGUUUAUUGAACGAUUUUAUUCAACGCCACAAUGUUCAAGAUAGAAGUAUUGGGGGUAUCAAAGAGGAUAUUAUUAGAGAUUUUAGGCCUAUAUUUAUUGAACAUACUUGUAAAGAGGUUAGCUGA